UGCUAUGCAAGCUAAACCUAGUAUUUAAGUGGUGAAGGGUAAAAGGGUGUGCCUGUUAUGCCGAGUUCCAAAGGUUUAUGGUAGGUCCUAAGGGUUGGCAUUAGACAGAUUUUUCUGUGAGAGGGUUCAUGUAUUCGACCUUAACUUGUUUGGGAUAGAGGCAUAGUUGUUAGUUGUUAUUGGUGUUGUAUCAACAUUCGAGUAGCUCCUCGAGCCACUGAGCCUAGUGCCUACCCAACCUAAACCAUUGAGAACGACCAUCUCCAAACUGAAGAUUCUUUAUUAGUGUAAACUUAUCUGUGAUAAUUGUUAGUUUUUCAGCCAUUGAGCUCUAUAUAUUUGGAAAACCAAAACUUCAUUCUCUUUUCAGUUGUCUCUACCAAAUAAGCUAAUGGGUGACAAGAAGAAGGCUGGGGCUCUAUUCGUGAGGCUUGUUUCAACUUCUGGAACUGGAUUUUUCUAUGUGAAGAAGAAGACUAAAACACUUAUAACAAAUCAGACAAAGCUUGAAUUUAGAAAGUUUGAUCCUCGUGUGAAUUGUCAUGUUUUGUUCAAGGAAGAAAAGAUGAAGUGAUGCAAACGCCAAACUUGCGCAAAACCCUCUUUCAAGUAUUAGUGUUAGCUUUCAGUUUUGCAGCAGCCAGUAGUGAAAUUAGACAAUAGGACCUUUGGCUCAUUUGUGCUACAAGAAUAAGGGUUGUUUGUUUAGUUUUAUUUAUGCAAUUCCCUGAAUUUGUUCGGGAUCAUGUUGAAUGAAACAUAGUUAUAAAAGAAUUGAUUUCAUCAUACAA